GCUAGGAGUCAUAGAGAAGAUCUGACCACCUCUUUUUUCUGAUUGGUCUCUCUCUCUCACUCUCUCUCUCUCUCUUUCUCCCUCUUCUCCUUCUAAGCAUGUCAGAGUAUCUCUGCUGGCUCACAGAGUUCGAGAGAGGACAAAACACAGACAGGGAGUUAGAGGCAGGAAAGAGGGUUGGAAAGAGUUCUCUUUCUCAUGGUGUCUCCUUCUGGGCUGUCCAACUGAAGCAGAGGUUAGACGAAGGACUGGGGAUUUCUCGAGGAUUUCUUUUGCUUUCUGUAAGCACUUAUACUUUGGGACCAUAGUUGAUAAGAAUGAGGUCCAGGAGCAGUGGGAUGGAGGAUCCUGACAGCGGACACCUUCGAGUCAAACAGCCCAGCAAAGGCUACCAAAAGGACAAGAAGGAAGGACACAGCAUUCAGGAUAUGAUUGAGGAAAGCCCCACCAUGGAGGAGAAGGAGAAAGAAGAAAAGGUAGAGGAUGGUCCUGUACAAGCCACGAUGAAGAGAUUGCAAAAGCCAGCAGGAGAAAACUGCAGGAAGAAAGCAGGACUGAUGCAGCUUUCUAAAGAGGAGCUGCUUCGCCUGCUCAGCAUCAUGGAGGGAGAGGUGCAGGCUCGUGAGGAUAUUAUUCACAUGCUGAAGACUGAAAGGACACAACCCGAGUCCCUGGAGGCUCAAUAUGGAGCCGCUGUCCCUGCAACACCUCUGCAGGCUCUACAGAGAGACAACAUGCUCAGCUGUAACAGGACAUGUGAGAAUGACGUCUAUGAGAUCCCCAUGAUGGAGCUGGACCGCCUGGAGGAGAAGCACAGAGAGACAUACAGAAGGAUGCUGGAGCAGCUCUUGCUGGCUGAGAAAUGCCACCGUCGCACAGUUAACGAGCUGGAAUGUGAGAAGCGCAAACAUGUCGACUUCAUGAACAAGAGCGAUGACUUCACCAACCUGCUGGAGCAUGAGCGUGAGAGGCUAAAGAAACUGUUGGAGCAGGAGAAGGCAUACCAAACUCGUAAAGACAAGGAUCACAGCAGGCGGCUAGAAAAAGUAAGAGAAGAACUGGUGAAACUGAAGUCCUUCGCUCUAAUGCUGGUAGAUGAGAGACAGCUUCACGUCGACCAGAUUGACCAGCAAAGCCAAAAGAUCACAGACCUCAGCAAAAUGUUGCAAGAGAGGGAUCAAAAUCUGGAAAUUGUCACCAGCAAGUACAAAGAUGACAGUCAGAGGAUUCAGAAGUUGGAAGUGGAGUUAGAGCAUAAAGCUGCAAAAUUUUUACAAGAACAUGAGGACAUGACAGCCAAGCUCUCCAGUCAGGAGUCCCAAAACCGACAGUUACGCACAAAACUGGCCGGUCUGUCUCUGAAAAUUGAGGAGCUGGAGGAAAGUAACAAAGCACUUCAGAAAUCCGAGGAGGAUUUGCAAGAGUUAAGGGAUAAAAUCAGCAGGGGAGAAUGUGGAAACUCAAGCAUUAUGGCUGAGCUUGAAACUCUCCGCAAGAGAGUGCUGGAGAUGGAGGGAAAAGAUGAGGAGAUCACAAAGGCAGAAGCACAGUGCAAGGAGCUGAGGAGGAAGCUUCAAGAUGAGGAGAGUCACAGUCGCGAGCUGAAACUUGAAAUCGAGAAGUUGCAGAAAAGGAUGGCAGGCUUGGAGAAACUUGAGGUAACUUUUAAUAUGAGCAAAUCCGCAUGUUCACAACUCCAUGUAAGCCUAGAACGAGAGAAGAACUUCACAAAGAACUUAACCAAGGAGCUGGAAACUGUUAAAAAUCAUGUUAAAGAGCUUCAAUGUGCUGAGUCGAGGCUUGGAAAGGCAGAAAGUAGCUUAAAAGAUGAUUUGACAAAACUAAAGUCAUUUACUGUAAUAUUAGUGGAUGAGAGGAAGAACAUGGCAGAAAGAAUUAAGCAAGAGGAGCAAAAGAGCGAAGACAUGAGCAAGCUGUUCAAGGCUGAGCAGGGCAGGGUCAUGGAAAUCACAGAGAAGCUGAUUGAAGAGAGCAAAAAGCUUUUGAAACUAAAGUCAGAGAUGGAGAUGAAAGUGUCAGCCCUUACAAAGGAGAAUAAUGACCUAAGGACUAGACUUACAUGUGAAGAAGAGAAACAAAAUGAUCUCAAUGCAAAGGUCAACCUAAUGCAAAAGAGGGUGGACUGUUUCGAGGAGGCUGAAAGAAAAUCUAGAAGCAGACCUGAUGUGGACAAGACAAGAUAUACUGAUGAAGACAACAAGGUUAAAGAGCUAACAGAGGAGAUUGACAGGCUGAAGAAUCGUUUGAAGCAGCUAGAAGUUGUGGAGGGUGAUUUAAUGAAGACAGAGGAUGAAUAUGAUAUGCUUGAAAAGAAGUUCAGAACAGAGCAGGAUAAGGCCAAUGUUCUGUCUCAGCUCCUGGAGGAAAUGAAGUCACAGAUUGCCAGAAACAAGGCCAUUGAAAAGGGGGAGGCUGUAAGCCAAGAAGCUGAAUUAAUAUUGAGGUGCAAGAUGGAGGAGGCCAAAACCAGAGAUUUGCAAGCGGAUGUCCUGGCUCUUAAGGAGAAGAUUCAUGAGUUGAUGAACAAGGAGGAUCAGCUAUCUCAACUUCAGGUUGAUUACACAGUUCUAAAGCAGAGGCUCAUCGAUGAGCAGGACAGAAAGAAAAGUAUGAGCCAACAGAUCCUAAACCUCACCAAAGAAUUAGAGGCGACUAAACGAUACAGCAGAGCGCUAAGGCCUAGCAUGAAUGGAAGAAGAAUAGUGGAUGUUCCUCUUACAUCAACAGCUGUUCAGACAGACGCACACGCUAUCGAAGCUUUUGAAGAAGAGACUCCAGCUGUAUUUAUAAGGAAAUCUGUUUUAGAAGAAAAUCAUGUGAUGAGCAAUUUGAGGCAGAAAGGGAUUAAAAAACCUGUAGUGCUGGACCGUUAUCCGCCUGCAGGUACAGACCUAAGUAUGAAAAAAUCAUUGAUUCCCUGGAUGAAGAAAAAAGAAGCUAGUGCUGAUGCACAAGGUGGCUUAGACAAGUUGACUUAUAAAGUUAAUGGAGAUGCGUCACCUCAACCAUCAGAAUUAACCAUGUCACAAAAACCAGGCCAGCCACUGCAUAUAAGGGUGACUCCAGAUCAUCACCACAGCACUGCCACAUUGGAGAUCACAAGUCCUCGUGCUGAGGACUUCUUCUCAAGCACCACAAUUAUCCCAACUUUAGGGCUGCAGAAGCCGCGGAUUACUAUAGUUCCUAAACCUACUACUGUGUCACCGAAGGGCUAUGACCUAAUGGACAGGACCAAGUCUCCAGUGACCAUUACAACCAUUUCCCGAGCUAAGUCUCCAGAAGGAAGCAAGAUCUCCUAUCCUGAUUCUCCAAGCUCUCCUGUCUCAGUUAUCACAGUUAGCACAAGCCCAGUGAUGCAGGCGCCUGUCUCUCCAGAAUUCCAGGAGACCUCAAGCAUGGGCAGAGCAGUGUUUAAAGUGACUCCGGAGAAGCAGACGGUGCCAACACCAGUUCGCAAAUACAACUCCAACACCAACAUCAUAACAACAGAAGAUAAUAAAAUUCAUAUUCACCUAGGGAGUCAAUUCAAGAGGUCUCAGGACUCCGGAAGCAGUCCUACUGUCACAGUAAGGCCUCUGAAUGUAUGCACAGAGAGCAAGGAGACACCCACUACAGAGACCCUCCUGCGUUCCCCACGACAGUCCCCAUCUUCAGGGAAAGCCACACCUGGCAAGAUGACAAGUAGCAUCACCAUUACCCCUAUCACGUCUGCUCCUUCAAGGCCAACCCAGUCCGUGUCCGGGACGGAUGUGCAGUCAACUCGGUCUUGCUCGACAACACGAAUCCCUAUGUCCAAAGAAAAUGUUGUGCUCCGCAUGACUUUUGAGCCUCGUUGAGAAUGAGGGGUUGCACAAAGGCUCGACUUCUCCACAUCUCAGACCGUGAUGUUCAUGUCAGCUCAUCAACUAGCACCAGGAUCAGCACCACCAUGAAAUUUACGCCUGGAACCAAGCUAGGAAUCUGGAGCACACUAGUCUGCUGUGUUGUGACAUGAUCCCCCCCCCCCCCCCCCUCUUUAUUCAGUUUGAUUCAGAAGUGAUGGUUGUUUUUUGGAGAUGUGAGAUAACAUGGAAAACGAAUGCAUGUAGGAAAUAGGAAAGUGCUGGAUUGAAAUAUUACAGAAGCAGUAUUUCAACAUGUGAGAUAUAAGUGAUGUUGAUUUUAUUUAGGUUUAAUUUAAUUCAGAAGGUCACAGAAAUGUAUGAACGUGCAGUUAGGAUAAUAUUGCUGUGGAAAUAUAUAAACACCCCCAACAUUAAACACAAACACUAACAUUAUAAAGCUUUUGUUUUAAUGGAGUGCCUUGCAAAUUCAAAUAUAGACCACCUUAGUCCAUGGAAUUGUAUUAGAUUUAUUAAAACAUGGAAUAAUCUGUAAAAUCGAGAUAUGCUUUCUGUAACAAAAAUUGAUGACUUGAUGGACAUACAACUAUAAAUGACCUUGUAUAUAGUGUGAUUAUUAAAUGGGAACCAGUUAAACUGGUCUAGGUUAUUAGAAGCCUAAAAUGGUGAGCAUUUCCGAUAAACCCUCAAGUUUUGUCUUGUGUUGAAAUUGUGUUCAAUUUUAUCUUUUAGCAGAAUAAAUGAAUGAGAAAAAAUAUAUUGUAGGCUAUGCGUAUCCAGGAUGUACCCUACCUCCAAGUAUCCCAAGUUCCCUGGGAUAGGCUCCAGGCGUUCUGUGACCCUGAACAGGAUAAGCGGUAUAGACAGUGAGUGAGUGGAAUCAUAUACAAGAUGUUUGAAUAUUAUGUUCCAAAUGUAUUAUGUAUUAUGUCCACACAAUCCCGUAAAUCUCAUUCCUCAAUUUCAAAACACCCUAGUCAUUCAUGCAUAAAUUAACUCCUUGCACUGGUGGUUUUAGAUGGGAGGUAAUGCACAAAGAGCUGUAAUAUUAUUUUGUUGAAAAUGUGUGAGUAUUUUGUAGCCAUGACUGUCUAAUGCCAUUAAUCACAUACAUUGCACGAAGUGAAUCUUAUCUACAAUGUCUGGAUUGUCUGAAAAAUAAAUAGAGUCAUUUU